UUUAUAAUACACGCGUGCUGGGUUUCAUUUGAAAGACAGACUGUUCAAAAAUUCACUAUUUCCUCCAACUCCAUACGUGCCGGUUGCAAGUCUGACUCAAAUAACACAACUUAAAAUGAAGCCUCAAUACAAAGUUGCCGACAUCAGCCUUGCUGAAUGGGGACGCAAAGCCAUCAUCAUCGCAGAGAAUGAGAUGCCUGGUCUGAUGGCCAUACGCAAGAAGUAUGGACCACAAAAGGUGCUGAAGGGUGCACGUAUUGCUGGCUGUCUCCAUAUGACAGUACAAACAGCCGUAUUGAUAGAAACACUAACCGAAUUGGGCGCAGAAGUUCAGUGGUCCAGCUGUAAUAUUUUCAGUACACAAGAUCAUGCUGCGGCCGCUAUUGCCAAGACCGGUGUACCCGUCUAUGCCUGGAAAGGUGAAACCGAUGAAGAAUACUUAUGGUGUGUUGAACAGACUUUGGUUUUCCCAGAUGGUCAACCCUUGAACUUGAUCCUCGAUGAUGGUGGUGAUUUAACCAAUUUGGUACAUGAAAAGUUCCCACAAUACCUUAAGGACAUCAAGGGUUUGAGCGAAGAAACUACAACCGGUGUACAUAAUUUAUACAAAAUGGUGAAGGAGGGACGUCUCGGUGUGCCAGCCAUCAAUGUCAACGAUUCGGUGACCAAGAGCAAAUUUGAUAAUCUGUAUGGUUGUCGCGAGUCCCUCAUUGAUGGCAUUAAACGCGCCACCGAUGUGAUGAUUGCUGGCAAAGUGUGCUGUGUUGCCGGUUAUGGUGAUGUGGGCAAAGGUUGCGCUCAAGCGCUACGUGGUUUCGGCGGACGUGUUAUUAUCACCGAAAUCGAUCCAAUCAUUGCGCUGCAGGCUGCUAUGGAAGGUUAUGAAGUAACCACCAUGGAGGAAGCAUGCAAAGAAGCCACCAUUUUCGUAACAACAACCGGUUGCAAGGACAUCAUUACUGGCGCACAUUUCCUGCACAUGCCCGACGAUGCGAUCGUCUGCAACAUUGGUCACUUCGAUUGCGAAAUCGAUGUCGCCUGGUUGAAUGCCAACGCCAAGGAGAAGAUUAAUGUCAAACCACAAGUAGAUCGCUAUACACUAGCCAACGGACAUCAUAUCAUACUCUUGGCUGAAGGACGUUUGGUGAAUUUGGGUUGCGCGCAUGGCCAUCCCAGCUUUGUGAUGUCCAAUUCGUUCAGUAAUCAAGUGCUGGCACAAAUUGAAUUGUGGACCAAAGCCGAGAAGUACAGCGUUGAUGUGCAUAUGUUGCCGAAGAUACUGGAUGAAGAGGUUGCCAGUCUACAUUUGGACAAAUUGGGCGUGAAGUUGACAAAAUUGAGUGAGGAACAAUCCAAAUACUUGGGUGUGCCUAAGACUGGUCCAUUCAAACCCGAUCACUACAGAUACUAGGAAAAAUCAUUUCUGCCACAUGAGUGCGAUAAACACGUAGUGUUGUUGGAGAUUUGAUUUUUUUUUUACACAUAAUUGGUUCUGUUGUAAUUUGAAUUGAUAAGCAUUUGUAUUAUUGAAAUAAAGUAUAUGAGCGAAAAAUUGUUGACAGUCACGUAA